GGCAGAGUUCAGAGCAUAGUAUGCUGCCAGGACCAAGAACGAAAACAAGGGUGUGCCCGAGAGAAGAACGAACAGACCACAGAAAAAUAUGUUAUCUUCCAACUCACUUUUGUGAGCCUCUUUGUGGAAAAGUGGAAAUUUUAGCGCUUCAGCCCACUUCGGAAGCGGUAAUUAAUAGCGCAAAAAGUGUGUGAGCGUGCACCGAGUGUCGGAACGAUGAAGUGCGGGGCUUAAUUAGUGCCCGGGAAGGACCAUUCUGGAGGGCAUUUUCAUUGCGUUGACAUGUGAGUGGCCCCCGUGGGCAGGCAAGAAAAAAUCUCAAGUGAAAGAUGGCUUAAAUCAAGUGGGCGCUGCUCCUCUCCUGGAAUAGAUGAGAUUUCUACCCCUUCCACCACGUCCUCCUCCGACAGGCAGCCGUGCCGCGUCUCGGCUCUGAUCCGGAUCCUCUGUGGCAAGACCUGGCCACCCACUCCCCCAACGGAAGGAGCAGAGACGUCGUCGUUGUUCUUCUCGAGAGUUGUUCCUGCCAUCGAUGAUCGGAAAAAAGAUUGCAACACCAUCGAGACACGGCCAACUUCGAUUCCAGGAGGGAGACGAAAGAGAAGAAAAAAGUUAAAAUGUGUCAUACUUAUUCGCAGUUUGCAUAAUUCACCCCGCACAGGACACAGGAGGAUAAUAAUCGCGGUGUGAACGCACGCGUGUGUGCGUGUGAGUGUGAAGAGGUUGAAUCACCCACGACGGGGAGGGACGAGUGUUGUUUAGUGUUGGUGCGUGCGUGCGUGCGUGCGGGUUGUUCCGGGAGUUUGUUGACCAUCGACCAUCAUGCAAGGCUCAACACCACCGAUCAUGGGAUAUCCCGAGGAUGACGAUCAGUACAAGGUGCCGCUGAUCGCCAAGCUGUUGCACGCGCUACCUCAUUACAACAUCACGUUUCAUCGGAUCAACAACACGUUCCGACCAUCGAGCGAGGUCUACCUGGAGAGUCUGGGAAUCCUAGGAUCGAUACCGGCCGCGCUGUUAAUAGUGUCACUGUUCGGGUUGCUCCUGUACCUCCUGACACGAUGCUGUGACCGCAAACCACGGCCUGCCCAUUCCAUUACCAGCCUCAAAGUCACCCUCUCCAUCGUGACCGUAUUGUGCUGUGCCGCCAUCGGGUUGGGCCUGUACGGAAACGAUGAUCUGCACAACGGACUGUUGGAUGUGCUGCAGGCUGGCCGAAAGGUGGACAAUGUCGUUUCGUCGGUGCGCAAUCAAACGUACAUCCUGGAGAAUACACUAACCAUGAAGAUACAGCAGCAGCUUACCGAGCUGGAGGACAUCUUCGACAGCAAGACAAACAAUCAGACGGCUCUGUCUCAGCUACAACAGGCACUCGCGGUGACGAAAGGCAACGUGACCAUCGCGAAGAAUGCCGCCAACGACAUUCGGCGCCCGCUGUCCGGGCUGGUCAUAACGGACUUUUUAGCGAAAGGAGACCAAUGGGAGCUGAUUCGAUGGCCCGGGACGGUCGCUAUCCUCGCGCUUUUACUGGUUCUCUGCGCCGUGCUGCUGGUGGGCGUUGCCCGUCACUCACGCUGUGCGCUGAUUCUGUUUAGCGUUUGUGGGCUGCUGGCCGUAACCGGAAGCUGGCUCAUGUCCGGAAUAUACCUUUCGACUUCGGUGGCUGUCGGCGAUCUGUGUAACGAUCCCGCAGACUUCCUCGUUCACCAAGCACCGAACGAGCUUCCGGCGGAUAUUCUACUUUACUACACCCAGUGUGACGUGUCACGAUCGAAUCCAUUUACCCAGCGCCUCCGCGAAUCUCAGAAUGCCAUCAACAACGCUCGCAACGCAAUGGGCGUUGUAUCCAAAAUUGGGCCAGUACUCUUCAAGAAUGCUGGACUGGGUCCAAAGCUGGGCUCGGUGAAUGCCGAUAUUAAGCUGUGCGAAAGACUUCUCACGGGACUGACGGCGCUGGUUGAUUGCAAGACGGUGCACUACAGCUAUCUGAACGCAACGCGUGGUCUCUGCGAGGGAGGGCUGCUGGGCCUGGUGCUUAUGCUAAUCGCGAGCUUUAUGGCCGCAAUCCUGCUCACCGUUAUGGUGUGGGUUGAUUCGCACACGUGGAUUUAUAUUCGGAAGAGUCCACCAGUCAUUAGCGGAUCGCAAACUUUGGCCCACCCAGGACGUAACCCGAAGAACGAGUUAACUCCUCAGCAGCAGGCCCAUCUGCACCAUCACCAUGCUCAAACGAUGAUGCGGCCCGGUGGAACGCACACUCUCGGACGACUUCCAUCGCACAACAACAGCCCGACUCACAUGCACGGACCGAACAACGGCAAAUACGCCACCCUGAGCAAGCACUGCAAGACACUAGAUGCAAAUGACUUUUACUGA